AUGGUAAGCCCCUUACUGACGCCCCCAGGCCACCCCUCGGCGAAUCCGCUACUGCUGGCAAUCGAGGCCGCAAGCGAGCCCAACAGCUACCUACUACUGCUCAUAAACGCGUCGGUACCCUCGCACUCAGUUAAACAAGAGGAGGAUCUACAACAGGCGAAUGCGGAGAACACUACGGAGACAGUCAUCAGCAGCAGUGACACAACAGGCCUACUCUCCACGGUCUCACACCAAUCCACUCAGCCAGUGCAAGAGAAGUCAAUACAGCAGGCGAAUACGGAGAACACUGCGGAGAAACCAAGCGGUAAUAAGGCCCCCAGCACCAAGAACACGGCUCAGCUCUCCAAGAUCCCACGUCAUAUGCUCUCCACGGUUCCACAUCAAAUCAUCACUCAGCAAGCGGAGAACACCACUGCAACUUAG